AUGACACAGUGCCUGACAGAAUGCAAAGCGCUGGUCACUCCAUCCACGCGCAAUGGCCACCGUGUCUUCAGCUACACUCUGGAGAGCCACACCGCCGCUGCGUUCAGGAUUAUGAACGAGCUGCGGCUGGAGAGGCAGCUCUGCGACGUGACGCUCAGAGUGUGCUACAAAGACCUGGAGGCCGUGGAGUUUGUCGCUCACAAAGUAGUGCUGGCUUCAUCAUCGCCGGUGUUUAGAGCCAUGUUCACCAACGGUCUGAAGGAGUGCGGGAUGGAAGUGGUCCCCAUCGAAGGGAUUCAUCCAAAGGUUAUGGAACGACUUAUUGAGUUUGCCUACACAGCAAGCAUCUCUGUUGGGGAAAAGUGUGUGAUCCAUGUCAUGAAUGGGGCUGUUAUGUACCAGAUCGACUGCGUGGUCAAGGCUUGCUGCGAUUUCCUUGUGCAGCAACUUGAUCCCAGCAAUGCUAUCGGCAUAGCCAACUUUGCCGAACAGAUCGGUUGUACAGAGCUGCACCAGAAGGCACGAGAAUACAUCUAUUUGAACUUUAGUGAGGUUGCAACACAAGAAGAAUUUUUCAACCUGUCCCACUGCCAGCUGGUGAACCUCAUCAGCCGAGACGAGCUCAAUGUGCGCUGUGAGUCGGAGGUGUUUCAUGCCUGCGUGGCGUGGGUGCGGUACGACCGGGAAAACCGGAAGCCGUACGUCCAGGCCCUACUUCAAGCUGUCCGCUGUCACUCACUCACCCCAAACUUCCUGAAGACUCAGCUCCAGUCUCUGGAGUGGGAUCCAGAGUGUAAAGACUACUUAGCUCAGAUUUUUCAGGACCUCACCUUGCACAAACCCACAAAAGUCAUCCCAUGCCGUACCCCGAAGGUUCCACAGCUGAUCUAUACUGCGGGGGGCUACUUCCGACAGUCUCUAAGUUUCCUGGAAGCGUACAACCCCUUGGGAGGGAGAAACAACGCACCCGAUGGAAACAUGGACUCAAACGCACUAGACUGUUACAACCCCAUGAACAACUGCUGGCUUCCCUGUGCCCCGAUGAGUGUGCCACGAAACAGGAUUGGAGUGGGAGUCAUUGAUGGCAUGUUGUAUGCAGUGGGAGGAUCGCAUGGAUGUAUUCACCACAACAGCGUCGAAAGGUAUGAUCCAGAGAAAGAUGAGUGGAGUUUGGUGGCCCCCAUGUUGACCCGCCGCAUUGGUGUCGGAGUGGCCGUCAUUAACAGGCUGCUCUAUGCCGUUGGGGGCUUCGACGGAGCCAACCGCCUCAGCUCCUGUGAGAGCUACAACCCAGAGAGGGACGAGUGGAAGUCCAUGUCCUCCAUGAACACGGUUCGCUCGGGAGCAGGUGUAUGCUCUCUUGGAAAUCACAUCUUUGUGAUGGGAGGCUAUGAUGGUACCAAUCAAUUGAACACAGUGGAGUGCUACAGUGUGGAAACUGACGCAUGGAGUUUUGCAGCCUCCAUGAGACACAGGCGCAGCGCUCUGGGAGUCACUGCUCUUCAUGGACGUAUUUAUGUGUUGGGAGGUUAUGAUGGCAACACGUUUCUGGACAGUGUGGAGUGCUAUGACCCUGAGAGCGACACAUGGGCUGAAGUGACCCACAUGAUGUCGGGGCGGAGUGGUGUGGGUGUGGCUGUCACCAUGGAGCCCUGUCCAAAGGCCAAUCUUCCCCAGGCUCAGCUGCCACUCACGUUGUUUCACCACAUUGUAGCAAAAAGAUCAACUGAAAAGGUAAGAGCAAACUCCAGGAUGAUCCCAGUGGGGGAGUUCAGAAACUUGGGUUCAGAGCAGAACCAAAAGUACCGGGUACUGAAGCCCUGGUGGGAUGUGUUCUCCGAAUACUUGUGCCUCGCCAUGCUCAUGAUCGGAGUCUUUGGAUGCACUUUACAGCUUACCUCAGAAAAAAUUGCUUGCCUGCCGAACCGCUUCACCAGCCCUACACCAAACGCUAUUGACUGCAGCCACAUCAGGAACUAUGGAGAAAACGACACAUUGGAAAUUCCAGUGAACCCCAUCAUUCAGGAAGUGAGAGGACAUAAAAACGACCUUGACAUCCAUCAAUAUGUGUUUGUCAACGCUUACUGCUACACAUGGUUUGUCCACUGGUUCGCCAAGUUCUUCCCAUAUCUGGUUGUCAUUCACACCAUGGUCUUCAUGGUGGCGAGCAGCUUCUGGUUCAAGUACCCUGGGACCUCGUCUAAAAUUGAACUUUUCGUUUCCAUUCUGGGGAAGUGCUUUGAUUCCCCGUGGACAACUAGGGCCUUGAGUGAGGUUUCUGAAGAGAGAGGGGAGGAGAAGCUGGUGAGUUUGAGAAGGAAUACUGUUUCUAAAAACCCCUCAGAGAAAAACAGGAUAGACAAUGAGGAGACAGUGGGUCUUCUUCGCUCCUCAUCGGUUAAAUCUAACCCCGAAAAAAAAUCUGUCGAGCCUCAGUUGACAGCCACAGCUUUGGAUAAAAAAGAAGGGGAACAAGCCAAAGCACUGUUUGAAAAAGUGAAGAAACUGCGUACCCAUGUGGAGGAGGCAGAUCUCUUGUAUGUCAUGUAUGUGCUGCAGACCUCAUUAAAAGUACUGAAGUUUCUAUUUGUUAUGAUCUACGCUACAGUGCUGGUGCAUAACAUUCAGAUUGUGAUUCGCUGCAAGGUUCCCCCCGAACUGACAGGUUUUAACAUCUUCUGCUGCAAUCACAACAAGGCCCCUCUUUUCUCAAAGCUUGCCUACUGCUAUAUUUGCUUUGUUGGAGUUUACGGCCUGGUUUGCAUCUAUACUCUCUACUGGCUCUUCCAUCGCCCCCUGAAGGAGUACUCCUUUGAGCAAGUACGAUUUGAAACUGGCAUCAGUGACAUACCUGAUGUAAAAAAUGACUUUGCCUUCCUGCUGCAUCUUGUCGACCAGUACGAUUCUUUGUACUCCAAAAGAUUUGCCGUUUUUUUGUCCGAAGUCAGUGAAAGCCGCUUGUACCAUCUCAACCUCAACUACGAGUGGACAGAUAAAAAGCUACGCACUCGUCUUGCCAAGAACUUGAGCAACCGUUUGGAGCUGCAUUUGUUAAUGUUGCCCGGACUUCCUGACACAGUCUUUGAGCUUAAUGAGGUGGAAGCUCUCAAACUGGAACAAGUAAAAAAUGUCACCUUUCCUCCCAGUGUGGCAAAGUUGGAUUCCCUACAAGAGCUCUCAUUGAUCUACUGCCCUGCAAAACUCCAACUGCCCGCACUGAACUUUUUCCAAGAGCAUUUAAAAGUACUGCGUUUAGCUUUUGAGAGUCUAGAGGAGCUCCCAUUGUGGAUGUACACUUUGCAUGAACUGGAAGAGUUGCAUCUAAACGGCCCAUUAAGCCAUGAGGCGUCACGGAGUGCAAGUUUGGAUUCCCUCAGAGAUCUGAAAUCUUUAAGGUUUCUUAAUCUUCGCUGCACCUUGACUAAAAUCCCAACCAGUGUUGGAGAUGUGGCCUUACAACUGCAGCGUCUUAGCAUCAACAACGAAGGAGGAAAACUUCAGGCAUUAAGCAGUCUAAAGAAGUUAACUAGUCUAGUGUCAUUGGAGCUGGUUAGCUGUGGAUUGGAACGCAUCCCAAGCGCCAUCUUCAGCUUAAGUAAUCUUCAGGAGUUGGACUUAAAAGAGAACAAGCUGUCGACUGUGGAGGAAAUUCUCAGUUUACAACAUUGCCAGCGUUUAACAACACUAAGAUUGUGGCACAACAAAAUCACAUACAUCCCAGAUCACAUAAGUAAGCUGCAUUCGCUGGAGGUUUUGGACGUGAGUUGGAACAAGAUCCAAAAACUUCCUUCGCGUCUUUUUUAUUGCACCAAGUUGCGCCAUCUGGACGUGUCGCACAACCGGCUCACCGCGCUGCCGAUAGAGGUGGGGAUCCUACAAGGGCUUCAGUUCUUCUCCGCUGCAUUCAACUCUCUAGAGAUCCUUCCUGAGGAGUUGUUCUCUUGUAAACGCCUCAGAACUCUUGCUAUAGGAAGCAAUUGUUUGUCAUAUCUGAGCCCAAGGGUGUCCAGUCUAACACAGCUGGUGCGGCUGGAGCUUAAAGGAAACCGUUUUGGGGCUCUGCCUGUGGAGCUGAAGGACUGUCCACAACUCGCCCUGAGUGCAGUCAUAGUGGAGGACAGUCUCCUGGAACAGCUGUCUACAGAUGUGGAGGCAAAGCAGCCGCAAGAGGAGGCCAAUGGAGACGAUGUCAGUCAGUGA